AGAGGGAAUAGUCCAUCCUCAAGUCUUUCCCUUGAUCCCUUUUCAUCAAGAAGUGAACAGCUUGAUCACAAUGGGUUGCCUGGCACGAAACUACAUUCCCAAUCCUUUGUCUGUGGAAUGGAACACAACUUCUGGGAAUACACUGUCUGGAGAAAAGAAUAUUCAAUUCCCCCUCUCUGGAGGUCCACCCCGAUACAACUUGGUCAGCCUGAUAACUGUCAGCAGUUUAGCGUGGGACAGAAAUACUUACAUUUGUGGCGUGAAACAUUUUUCCAGCAGCAUUCAGAGAACUAUACCGAAAAGUUGUAUUCCACCUCCCUUAUCACCAACUGUCUACAUCCUACAAGGAUCCUGCUUUACAAACACCAAUGGCCAAGUAGACCUGUCUUGCCAGGGAUAUAACUUAACCUCUAAGGAUGCCACAAUAAAAUGGUUUGUCAAUGAGAAUCAGAGACCUCUUCCACAAGACUUACUUUACCUGAAGGAUUCCAGCCAAUUAUAUGCUUUACAAAGCACAGUGAGCAUCACUCUGGGAGAGUGGAAUAAUGGUGCUCGCAUUAAAUGUCAAGUGACAGAUACAAAAACAGGCAAAUCUAGUGAGGCUACAGCCAGGAAAUGUUCAGAUAUUUCCAACUGUUUGGGAAUCAAAGUGAUAAUGGUACCUCCCACUAUUGAGAAUCUCUAUGUUCAAAAAUAUGCCCCUAUAGCCUGUACGGCAUAC